AAGACAUUGAUCACAGAAUGAAUCACUGACAUAAAUGAAGGUUACAGCUUUGAGAAGUGCUAGGAAGAAGUGUGUGUUCUAUGAGAGUUAAUGCUGGAGGGGAUCGGAUUAAUCUGGGUGCCAAGGAAGGUUUCCCUGGGGAAGCAACACGUGAGCUAAAAAGAUGAGUAGGAGUUCGUGUGCAAAGGCCUUGUGGCAUGGUGCCUGUAAAAAGGCGGAAGGAAAUGUACAAGCCUGCAAGACUGAGUCAGACGCUUCGGGGUGCGCAGUGAAAAAAUGAUUGGCCUUCUGAAGAGUUCUGUUAUGAGUUGCUAAAAUCAUGGUGAAAUGUUGCUCGGCCAUUGGAUGUGCUUCCCGCUGUUUGCCAAAUUCCAAGUUAAAAGGACUGACGUUUCACGUAUUCCCCACAGAUGAAAACGUCAAAAGAAAAUGGGUAUUAGCCAUGAAAAGACUUGAUGUGAAUGCUGCAGGCAUCUGGGAGCCUAAAAAAGGAGACGUGUUGUGUUCAAGGCACUUUAAGAAGACAGAUUUUGACAGAAGUGCUCCAAAUAUUAAACUGAAACCUGGAGUCAUACCUUCUAUCUUUGAUCCCUCAUCUCACUUACAGGGGAAAAAAGAAAAACUUCAUUCUAGAAAAAACUUCACCCUCAAAACCCUUCCAGUCACAAACCACAAUCACCAGCUUGUUGGUGCUUCCUCAUGUACUGAAGAAUUCCAAUCUCAGUUCACUUUUGAACAUAGCUACAGUGUAAUGGACAGUCCAAAGAAACUUAAGCAUAAAUUAGAUCAUGUGAUCAGCGAGCUAGAGGAUACCAAGAAAAGUCUGCGGAAUGUUUUAGACCGAGAAAAACGUUUCCAAAAAUCAUUGAGGAAGACAAUCAGGGAAUUAAAAGAUGAAUGUCUCAUCAGCCAAGAAACAGCAAAUAGACUGGAAGCUUUCUGUUGGGAGUGUUGUCAGGAGAGCAUAGAAAGAGACUAUAUUUCAUGAAAUAAUUCCAUGUUAUAUUCUACCUAAAGUUAACAUUGGUACAGGUUUUUAGAAAAUAAUUCUUGUUUACCAUCAUUAAAUAGCCAUCAUUUAGA